AUGUUCUGCCAAAAUGCUUUCAGGCAAAAUUCUCCACCUGAUGGAUUCAUGGAGCUGGCUUCUGAAGUUGCAGACCAUGCAGGUCGUCUUCCUUUGGCUCUAAACAUUCUUGGUUCGAGUAUGCGUGGGAGAAACGAGAAGUAUUGGGAAGACUUGUUGCCAACUCUUCGGAAAGGUCUAGAUGGGAAAAUUCAGAGUGCACUACGAGUAAGCUACGAUGGAUUAGAAAGAAAAGAACAUCAAGCAUUGUUUCGUUACAUUGCAUGUUUUCUCAACGGUGAUGAAGUCGAUGACAUCAAGUUGUUGCUUGCAGAUAGUGAGUUGAAUGUUGAUAUAGGUCUUGAAAUCCUAAUUGAUAGGUCCCUCAUACAUGUAUUACCAUUUGUGGAAAAAUAUAUCGUGGAGAUGCACUUUCUAGUAGAAGAAAUGGGAAAAGAAAUUGUCCGUGCACAGUCCGACGAACCAGAAGAACGGGAAUUCCUAACAGAUUCAAAGAAUAUAUGUGAUGUACUUGAAGAUAACACGGGUACCAACAAAAUUAUAGGUAUAUCAUUGAACAUUGAUGAGAUUGAUGUGUUGCAUAUACAUAAGAAAGGCUUCAACGGAAUGAGAAAUCUCCGUUUUCUAAACAUUUACACGAAAUGGUACUACAAGAAAGAAGUUAGAUGGUACUUAGGUGAAGGCUUCAACUAUUUGCCCCCUAAACUUAGGCUAUUGAGGUGGGACAAAUACCCAAUGAGACGCAUGCCUUCUAGCUUUUGUUCUAUAAAUCUCGUAAAGCUCCAAAUGCAGGGGAGCAAACUCGAGAAGUUGUGGGAAAGAAUUCAUUCACUUCCAGGACUCAAGGAUAUGAAUUUAAUGGGAUCUACAAACCUAAAAGAGAUCCCAGAUCUUUCUCUGGCCACUAAUCUCGAGAAACUUAAUCUUGCUCAUUGCUCGAGUUUGGUGGAGCUUCCUUCUUCUAUUCAGCAUCUCAGCAAACUGAAGAAGUUAGACAUGAAUUUCUGUAGAAGUUUGGAGAUUCUUCCAACCGGAAUGAACCUAAAAUCUCUCGAAAGGCUCAGUCUCAUGGGAUGCUCACGGUUGAAGAGUUUUCCGGAUAUCUCAAGCAACAUCUAUGUACUCGACUUAAGCCAAACAGCAAUUGAAGAAUUUCUCCCUAACUUGCGUUUAGAGAAUCUUGUCGAGCUUCAUUUGUGGGGAAUAAAAAGUGACAAAUUGUGGGAAAGAGUUCAGGUAGCCGCUUACACCCAUCAUGGCCAUGCUAUCUCCCUCUCAGAUAUCCCAACUUUGGUGGAGCUUCCUUCUUCAUUUCAGAAUCUCAAUAAUCUGGAAAGGUUGGGCAUUAUAGACUGCAUAAAUCUGGAGACUCUUCCAGAUGGCAUCAAUUUCGAAUCUCUUAAUUUUCUCGAUCUGUCUAGAUGCUCACGGUUUAGGAUUUUUCCUGAUAUCUCAACCAACAUCUCAUGGCUCACUCUAAGCGGAACAGGGAUCGAAGAGGUUCCUUGGUGGAUCGAGAGCUUCAGUAAUCUAUGGAGGUUAAGAAUGUGGGAAUGCAAAAACAAUGCUCCUCCUCUUGCUGUGCUGAACUACGAUCACGUGGAUAUACAACUUCACGUGGAACUGAAUAAGGUGUCUCCGUUUGGAUUAAAGAGAUGGGGUGUACGCCUCUUGAACGACUAUUCAUCAGCAGAGAACCGACUUGGUAAUCCAAAUACUCUUCUUCCACAUGUUUGUGAAGCCGAUGAAGACAGUAUGGUUAAUGAUGAAAGCCAUGAGACUGAACAAGGUGAAGAAUGUGGAGAUUGCUUGGUGGAGACGGAGAGAUGCAGGAAGCGUAUGCGGACUACAUGA